AUGGUUUCUAACGCUCUUGAAAAGAGUUUGAGAGAAACGAAAAAAGAUAAGCAGGUUAUUUUGGGGCGCAGCUUGAUUGGAGUAAGGAAAACAAUGCCUAUCAAUCUACCGAAAAUCGGUGAAGACAAAAAGAAGAAGUGCAAAGAAGGAAAGUGCACAAACGAGGAUGAAGAAUGCCCUGAAGCGAGUGAAAAGCUGAAACCUAUCAAGAUGAAAAAGGUCAAGCCUGCAAAGAAAAAGAACAAGAAGACUGAAUCCAAAGCUUGCGUCCUGCUUUAA